AUGGCUGACUCAGAGUCUCCGGAGGCCGAAACAACGGUCACAAUGCUGCUCUUGGGGGACCCAGGCUGUGGGAAGUCCACCCUCUUAUCGCGCCUGAAGAGUGGCAAGAGGAUGGCACCAUCUCAGCCCGGGACUACCCCAGAUACCCAAUUUGAGAUCCUGCGGGACAGUGAUCAACCAUUCAUUUACGAUAUACGAUUCUCAAAGAAGAAGUUCACAUUGGAGCUAUAUGACACGUCCAACCCAAAUCAGCAUUGGACCAGCCUUCAUCCAGAUGUCGUCCUCCUGGCAUUUGACAUUUCAAAUCGACAGACCUUAGACGGGCUCAGAGGGUGGCGCAACGACAUUAUACGUUAUUUCCAACAUGGCCAUGGCGAGCGGAUUCCCGUCAUGAUGCUGGGAUUGAAACGGGACCUCAGGAAAGAAGGCGAGGGUAUAAUCUAUCCACAGGAGACCUACCGUAUUGCCCAAGAACUCCGCUGUGACCGGUAUGCAGAGUGCUCAGCAGUAACGGGUGAACUGCUGGCGGAGACGUUUGAAGAUCUGGCGAGGCUGGCGGGCAUGACUACCACUGAUAACGGUGGACAGAGUGCCGGUGGUUGUACUAUUCUUUGA